AUGUCGAUAGCCGCGGAGCUGGCUACGCCUUUUCUGAUAGCCGAGAUUAUUGCUUGCCAAUCCGACUGCUCUCCGCAACUCAACUCACCCGCCGGGGGAGGGCUGUGCAAUCAUGAUGAAAUGAAAGCUGCCAGAGAGCAAGAUCGCAAACCAGGCCACACCUCCUGGCCGGGGAGUAAUGUUGGAGAGGAUGACUCGAGAGGCGUCCUUGCUGUUCAGGAACGCGAUCUCCACUUUGACACUCCGCUGCCAAAUAUUUCGCAAAUUCCGUUCGAGUCAAUAAUCACCCUCCCUUGCUCCAAGAUAGCCGCUACGACCGUACACAAGCUUACCCCCGAUACACCGAGUUUCCUUCGCUUUUGUUCUAUGCGAUAUGACACCCUGUUCCCGAUGUGCCAGUCGCCGGAAUGCAUAACCGCAUGA